AUGGUCCUCUGGAAAAGAAGCACAUUCACAGUGGUGACACCACUCCCUCCGACAGUCAGUAGGGAGACGGCCGUCGAGAUGCUACACUCACACGUCGAGAUGAUCCAACUGAACCCACUGGUCAUCCACAACGCGCCAUGCAAACCACCUCCCAAUGCACCUUCGGAUGAGUUCCACUGCAUCUGGUACGAGCUCACAGAUCGCAUCACAUACCUGCCAGGCGUCAAAGGCCAAGUCAGCUACAAAGCCUGUUUUCACGAUCUACCUCGUGGCCUGCAAACUCAUGUCUAUGCCCCUGCCGGCCUCGAUAUCAAGGAGAAAUGGAGCAUCGGUGGUAAUGAAGUUGGAGUCAUGGAACUUGGUCACAGAAACCUCGGCAUACCGCGGCAAGGGCUGUACUUGCGCGAAGACGUCGACAUGAACUGCAACAUCUUUCUCACGGGUUUCGUCAAAAAGACACUGAACAAAGCUCAUGGCGUUCUCGUUGAUCGAUUGGUCGUCAAGGCGGAUCUGGUCGAAGAGAAGAAGUAUCGGGAGGAACGCACUUCCGUUCUGGCACUCAAUACCGGAGCUACCGGUCUCGGUGUCAGAGUCACUUCACCAACAGUUACUUCGCCGCGAUCAUCUCGAAGCCAGAGCAGUAUGAGUGAUUUCCACCUGGGCCACAGCAGCAUAAGUGAUACACGCCGAAGUUACAGCAGUAUGAGCGAGUAUAGCACUGCGGACAGCGCAGCACCGGCACCAACAAUCCGAGGACCGGGUGAUCAUCUCGAGAGCGCACCACUUCAGAGCAUCGCGGAACUGGAAGCUACAGACAAACGCCCAGGAUUUACAGGUGCCGCAUUCGAGAUACAACUUCCGGCACCCCCACCGAUUGAGAUGCCGUAA